AUGUCUGAUUAUUGCCAUUAAACUUAAUUUGCCACAAAACCCAUUCAACAGAAAGUUAUUAAAAAUUCAAACGCAAAUUUUGAUAUUACUCUUAAAAACUCUCUUUAUUUCUCUACCUAAGCUUUUUAUUCAUUAACUAUUGUUUAUAUACCUAAUUUAGCUUUUAUUAAAAUGUACAAUCUGGGAACAGAUACUUCUAUAAAAAAGAUGUUAUUUACUAAAUAAACUAAUAAUAUAUUCAUCAUUUCAUUUCCUUAUUUCAAAAAAUAAAAUAUCUAGCUUUUUACUCUUGUUGGUAAUAUUAAAAAAUUACAAUCAUUUCAUUUUAAGGCUUCUCAUGAACUUUUGCUUAAUCAAAGGGAAGACUAAUUGAUUGGUAAUGGAAAUUGCGAAUUAGAAUUUUGGAGAAAAACAGAAUUAUAAUGGAAAUUUUAGAAUUAAAUAAAAAAAGAAAAUUUUUAAAGUGGUAGUAAAUGUAUCAUCCAUCAUCCUCAUGACAUUUUAAUAACAGUUCAAAUAAAUAAUAAUUGGACAAGAAUGGAGAUGUAUUAGUUGAAUUUUUAAUAAACAUGGGAAAUAUAUUAAAUAAUUGAUUUCUCUGAAAAACUAAAAAAAAAUUAUUUCAUUGUUGAUUCUUCCAAAUUAUUAUUUCAAAUUAACAAAUCUAAUUACUUCCUUAAAUUACAAUUAGAAUCUAAUUAAAAUUAAGAGAAAAAAUAUAUAAUUGAAAAAAAAAUUUAAUCAUAUCAAGAAGAAUAAAUAUUUAGUAACCUAAAAUUUUUUAAACUUCACUUCUAUGAUCUUAAUCCUCAAAGUUUUGAAGUCCGCAAAGUAAGUGAAGAUGGAAAUAAAUUGAUAUUAAUCAGAUUUGACAUAUCUUAUCUAAACUUUAAGUAAUCUUAAAUGAAAAUUUAAGUAAGAAAUAAGAUUAAUUCUAAAAGAAAUUGGGAAUAUAAGCAAUUUACACAAAUUCUUUUUUUUAAAUAACAUGAAUCAAUGGCAAUUAAUAAUGAUGGUUCUUUUCUGGUAAUUGGAUUUAAAAAAUCUAUCUCAAUAUAUUAGAGAAAAUAGUCAAGUUUUGAAUUUUUUUAAUCUAUUUGGCUUAUAUUCAAAUCUUGUUCAUAAGUUUAUUUUAUGAGAAAAACAAAUUAAUUUAUAGUAGUGUAUACUGAUCAUACCCUAGAAUUUUGGAUAUGUGAUUCAAAAAAUAAUAAAUUUCACCUUGAUUCAUAAAUCUCAGCUCUUUGUUAUAUUUUGGCUUUAGGUUAUGAAGAUAGAUUAAUUGUCACUGGAGGAUAAAAUUCUAUUGUCUUCUUUUAAAAGAAAAAAUAAUGGGAAAAAUUACAAGAGAUUAAGACUGAAAAUUAAGUAAGUUAAUUAUGCAUAGAUUAAUCAGAAACCAAAAUAAUCUAUGUAAAAGAUAAUAAGCCUUUAAUCUACCUUGUAAUUAAAUUGGAUAAUGAAUAAUGGUCUUUAGUCCAUAGCUAUAAAAUUGAGAGUCACAUAAGUUUUUUAACAUUUCUUAAUAACGAUCAAUUUUUUCUUAAAGUAGGUUCUUAAAAAAUAAGAAUCUGUAAAAUAACACCUGAAAAUACUAUCUAGAUACUUCUGAAGUUUCGAUUAUUUGUUAAUUAAUAAUUAAGUUUUUAAACUAAAAAUGUUAAUUUACAAUUUCAUUCUCCUACUAAAAAGUUAAUUUUUAAUAGAUAAAAAUUCAUAUUAAUUACCAAAUAAGGAAAGUAUACCAUGCUAUUAGAUUUAAAAAAAAUAUAAAAUGGCGAACUUUAAGUAACCCAAAUGAUUAAAGCGGGAAUUGAUCAUUCAUUAUCUGAAGAUGGAGAAUACCUAGCCACUUUUGGACCAGAAACUAAAUAGUUCGAAGUAAGGAAGUUUUAAAGUUUUUGA